AUGGGAUCAUGCUGCACCAGUUCUUAAGGACAGGAGAAGAAUUGUCAGAUCAUCUUAUAAACAUAAAUACAAAAUACUAUCAUUUCUGAGUACGAUCUUAAAUAUCAUAAACAAAUUCAAUUCAUUUAAGGUAGGAUUGCGAGUUAUUCCUUAGCAUGUGCUAGAGGAUUUCUAGUGAGGAAAAGAUAUUAGAGUCUUAUUCAGAAGUUGCGAAAAUAGAAAAUGGUCAAAAAAGAAUAAAACCACUAUUCUAAUGAGUUAAGUUUCAAGGACCCUUCACACUUCCAAGACACCAAAUUCACUCCUAUGCCUAAAAAUCAACACCAACAAGUAUAUAGGGUGAAGAAAUUACCAAAAGUACCCGAGUAUUUAAGCAAUAGAGUAAACAAGAUUCUGUAAUUAUAUACAACUUUUUAAUAUGACAGUGAAGAAGAUAAUAAAUUUAAUUUUCCAAUAUAUUAACUUGAUGAUGGUUGCAUUUACCAUGGACAGUGGAAGAAUGGGUAAGCAAACUAUUUAUUCAGUCAUAGACACGGAUGCGGAAAGUAAUAUUGGUUAAAUGGAACAUUCUACGAAGGAUAUUGGGCAUUCAACAUGUUUGAUGGUCGUGGUAGAUUGGUUCAUAGUGAUGGGAACAUUUAUGAAGGAGAAUUUAAGAAUGACAAAGCUUCUGGUGAAGGGAUAUAUUACAGUGUCGACGGAUUAAAAUACGUAGGACAAUGGGAAAAUAAUGUUUAAAAUGGUCAUGGAAUGGAAAUAUGGCAUGAUGGCACUUCUUUUGAUGGAGAAUAUAAAAAUGGACUCAAAAAUGGCUAAGGAGUGUUUAAGUGGUCUGAUGGAUCAGUAUACACUGGAUAACUCAUCGAUGGCAAUCUUGAAGGAAUAGGAUAAUUAAAAUGGGAAGAUGGUAGAGUCUAUGAAGGAUGUUGGAAGAAUAAUUGUAUGCAUGGACAUGGAUAAUUUAAAUGGCCGGAUGGGAGGAAAUACGAAGGACAAUACAAUAAUGGAAUUAAAGAGGGAAUGGGGUAAUUUGAAUGGCCUGAUGGUAGACUGUAUAAAGGAGAAUGGUUGAAUAAUAAAUAACAUGGUAUUGGUAUUUAUUUAGGAUACAAUGGAAUCGAAAAAGAAGGAGAAUGGUCUGAUGGAAAACUCGUCAGAUGGAACAAAGGUAAAGCAAGAAUGUCAAUAAUUUGA